AUGUUUCGCGUGGGCUCGGGCGGUCUGGUUAGGGCGCUGGAUGGCAAUUGCGAGCGGUUGAAAGCCAUGGUGGAGCGUUGUAUCGAACACAACAACUUGGCAUCGGCAGAGUUCUUGGCAGAACUGUUGUGCGCCGAAGUACAGAAGCUGGAAGGUGCAGAAAGGGAACUUAUCGGUGCUGCAUAUCUGUACGGACUGGUUCUGUAUUUCAAAGGCGACUUUAAGAGCGCUCAAGCGGUGGUGAGACCUUAUAGGGCAGAAAAUCUACUGUGUGCAUAUGUGCUGGCCCGCAGUGCGUUGAGGUUGGAGAGACAAGCAUGGGACGAGGCAGCACGGAGUUUGGAGCUGCUACUGGAUAUUUCUGCUUUCCAAAACACAGAAGCCUACUAUGGAGCACCAGACGAGGCAACCAUUCAUUCAGUUUUGGGCCAUCUAUAUAGCAAAAUGGGGAAACUCAAAGAAAGCAGUGUGGCUCAUUCGCGUGCCUUGGAGCUUGAUCCAUACUUGUGGGAGUCAUUCAUCGCGUUGUGUGACAUGGGGACUUCAGUUAAAGUCGGCCAAUUGUUUAAAACAUCUUCAGCUGUGCCCAAAAACUUGAAUUCUCAGGUUCCCGCCAGAAAACGAAGCGGAGUAAUCGCAAAACCCCAUACACCUUUCAAAAUUCCUGGGUUUGAUCCCAAAAAGAGAACUACACUCCCACAUCUUCCGCUAUCCAACCCAAAGCAAAGAAUCGGUGGAGCUCACACAAACACAAUGUUGAAAUCAACAAAUGGCGCUGGCGCCACGACCCCCCAUUCUUCACUCCCGAAAUCACGUCUCCUAGCAACACCGCCUUUCAAAUCCGCUCUUCAUGAGAAAUCUGUCACGCCGGAACGCGGCCCAGCGACAACAAGGGUAAACAAUGUCGCAAAUUCUGGUAAUACUCGUACAUUAGAGUUCGCAUCGGAACUAGAAGCCCAAUUAUACGCACUGGCCAAGUCAUACAAGGCAGCCUCAAGAUUCGAUUGCUAUAAAGCUGUAAGGAUACUGAACGAAGAACUUCCGCGGCAUAUCCUAGCGGGCAUGCCAUGGGUCCUUGCACUUUUAGGCAAGUUGCAUUUCGAGUUAGUGAAUUACGAGAUGUCCAAGAAAUACUUCUCGUCCUUACGAGAAUUGCAACCAUUCAGAGUCUCAGAUAUGGAGGUAUACUCGACCCUCUUGUGGCAUCUUAACGAUUCAACCGGAUUAUCUUACUUGUGCCAUGAGCUUUUAGAAGUCAGUCGCACAGCACCACAAACAUGGUGUUGUAUAGGAAAUCUUUUUUCACUUCAAAAGGAUCAUGAAGAGUCUACAAAGGCUUUUCAACGAAGUACGCAAAUUGAUCCGCACUUCACGUAUGCAUACACUUUACAAGGACAUGAAUACUCAAGCAAUGACGCUUUCGAUACUGCAAUGAAUUGCUAUCGUAAAGCGCUGGCUUCCAACCCCAAUCAUUACAACGCUUACUAUGGUCUAGGUAUGUGUUGCUUAAAGCUUGGACAAUACGAAGAAUGCUUUUUACAUUUUGAACGAGCAAGGAGCAUAAAUCCCGUUAACGUCAUUUUGAUCUGUUGCUGUGGAGUCGCACUUGAAAAGUUGUCUCAUCGUGAAAAAGCUCUUCAAUACUAUGAUUUGGCAUGCGAACUACAACCCACGUCGUCGCUUGCGCUUUUCAAGAGAGCCCAGCUGCUUCUUUCAAUGGGAAAAUACAAUCUUGCACUUGAAAAUUUCGAGCGAUUGGUCACGAUUGCACCGGAUGAGGCGACCAUUCACUUUCUGCUCGGACAACUCUAUCAAAUAAUGGGCAGAAAGCAAGAUGCGGUCAAGGAAUUGACCAUUGCAAUGAACUUAGAUCCCAAGGGUAGCCAGCUCAUUCAGAAUGCAUUGGAAAAGUGCCACUUAAUGGACUAA